AUGUCUGUCCGCAUAAAUAGUGCACACCACAAUACUACUACUACUACUACUACUACUACUACUACUACUACUACUACUACUACUACUACUACUACUACUACUACUACCACUACUACUACUACUACCACUACUACUACUACUACUACUACCACUACUACUACUACUACCACUACUACUACUACUACUACUACUACUACUACUACUACUACUACUACUACUACUACUACUACUACUACUGCUACUGCGAUUUGUCAAUAG